AGACAGAUGCAGUUGAAACCUUAAGAUUUUAUUUGUGGAUUUAAUGUUGAUAGAUGGUCUAAAGCAGAAGAUCUUUUAGAGCACCUAGUAUUUAAGUUUUUAUAAUCCGUUUGAAAAAUUACAUAUUACUGGAUAAAUCUGUGUAUAUUAAAUGAUUUAAUUAACUAGUGUCAUGUUUGUGAUUUUAAUUCAUGUAAGCUAUAGCUUCUAACCUUUUAAAUCAACACUGACUUGUGAUUUUAUGACAUCCAUCCAGCUUUAUUUAUUCAGAAACACAAGUAUGUUAAUGAUUCGUGGUUCUAUGUGUCAGCUUAGUGUUUAAUAGAGCGUGGGGCUGAAGAUGUUGGACCGUGAGGGUAAAGAGGUCCCGGGAAACAGAGGAUACAAGUAUUUUGGUGCCGCAAAAGACUUAGCAGGAGUCCGAGAGCUGUUCGAGAGAGAGCCAGCUGUACCAGCGGCCAGAAAAACACCAGCUGAGCUGAUGAAGGACAUCGAUGCGGGCUAUUACGGCUAUAGAGACGAAGACGGCGGCGCUUUAGUACCGCUGGAACAGGAGUAUGAGCAACAAACCAAACACCUGUGAUUCUGUUUAUUGAAGCUGAUCGAUGGCUCGCGGUACUUGAGUUCGAGCUGAAGCUAGGCUCAUGAGAAGCUGACUUCACAUCUCCUGCAUUCACUGAGCCCUCAAACUCCUUCUGCUUUAGGAGCUAGUGUGUUGUGUGUGGGGUAUGUUUCCUGCAACUGUAGAUUUAGGUCAUAUGAGAGCUUGCUGGUAGCGCUUCCUCCGAGUUGCGUGUAAUGUAUGAGGUUUAACCCGGGCUUGUGUUUUUGGCAGUACACCGCAGAGGCUGGAGAGAAGUGGAAAGCAGGCCGAGAGGCUGGAGUAGCUGCUGGUGGAGGCGUGGAGGAGGAGGAAUAUAUUUACACUAUUAGAGAUGAAGAGUCUCGUUUCGUGAUCUGUUUUGAGCAGUCUGAUGACGAAACAAGAGAACAGAUGGAGGGAGAAGAUGGUUCUCAGUCGUUCGUCGCUCAUGUUCCUGUUCCCUCGCAGAAGGAGGUCGAGGCAGCCCUGGUGAGACGGAAGAAGAUGGAGCGGCUGCAGAAGUACACCAGUGAGAGUUUGAUGGCACAGAGUGAGGAGGCCACAGCUUUGCUUGGCUUAUAGUGGGAUCAGAGAUGGAUUCAUAUCCCAUUGUUGUGUGUACAGUCUUACACAGCCGUGAAUCUGAACACUGAGGCCAGAGCUGAGCACAAGAUGAGAACUGCUCUGGCAUUAUUUGAUCGCAUGGGCUGGAUAAGACACAGAGUGGUUGGAAAUGCAUAAAUAAACCAGGCACACAAAAGCUGAAAAUAUGUGUCCAGCUUAACUUGACAUGGUCAGUAUGAUGCUUAUUAUCUGUACAGUUAACAUUUCAUUGUUAAGCUGUCAUAUGAGCUCACACAAAGUCUGUCAUUUGGACCACACCGUUGACGUUAAAAGACAAUAUUGUUAUGCUGAUCAUGUCAGAUUGUGUAUUGCAUUUAAGUAUGAGCUGUUUUUUGUUUGCAAAUUGGCUUGUGAAA